AAGUAUUAUGGCCCAGUUUCUUCUGCUGCAUAUCAAACAGGUAUAAACUAGUCUUAGAGCAAUUACUAUUAAACGAUCGCUCAAGUUUUUUAAAUUUAAUCGUUUAGUUUUUGUGGAAAAAAGGAUUUAUGUUGUGCCAUAAUUUAGUACUAGUUGAAGUGCACAAGUAAACAUGUAUUCGGUCGUAUUGGCGGUGUUUUUGUUGGCGUUUUCGCAAGCGCAGAGCCAACACUUCUUGCAGUCCAACAGUUGCCCAGAGACGUACGGUGAACAAACGUACCAUCAUCCGGAAUUAUGCGAUCAUUUCGUCUUAUGUGUUAACGGAUCAUUGAGCGUUGAACAGUGUGAAAAUGGUUUAUUAUACGAUGGUAAGGGAAACGUACACCAGCACUGUAAUUAUUACUGGGACGUCGACUGCGGAACAAGGAAAGCCGAUCAUAUUGCACCGAUAAGUUCUCCUGGCUGUGAAUUCAAAUAUGGUAUAUAUUCCGAAGGCCCUUCUUGUAGUUCGAAUUACGUGAAGUGUGCGGAUGGCUAUCCACAUGUUCAAGAUUGCGAACCUGGGCUCGUCUAUGAUGAUAGAAUCAAGAAAUGUAACUGGCCUGAUCUCAUGUUAGAGACGUGUAAUCCAGAAGCUGUCAUUGGUUUUAAAUGUCCGGAUAAAGUUGACCCACAAUCAGCUCAAGCUAGAUUUUGGCCAUAUCCUAGAUUUGCCAUUCCCGGAGACUGCGAACGUCUAAUUACCUGUGUAAAUGGUUACCCCAGAUUGAUCACGUGUGGAGAUGGUAAAGUGUUCGAUGACGAAACUUUAACCUGUGCUGAACCCGAAGAAGUUGCAAAAUGCGCACACCACAGAAAAAGGAAAUAAAAAUCGACCUCAUCUACAAAUCAAAAACCUCCAAAACACCGAAUUUCUCUCCGAAAAAUCAUCUCAACAUUCCAAUAGCCAUAAUUUCAUAAAACAAGAAAACAAAAAACCAAAAACAUAGAAAAAAAUAUAAUUUUUUACAAUAAAAAAGAAAUACACAUUAAAAAAUAUAA